AUGUUUUUUGUUUUCCUAUUUGAGUUUUGUUGAGUUUGUUACUGUUGAAUUGUUUUUGUUAUCAAGAGUUUUUUUCGGUACUGAUUCAUGGCGCAAGAAGCAAAUGAAAAUGCUACUUUAAUGAACGGUUUUGGAGAUGAUAUUUCUGAAGAGCAACUCGACGAAUUAAUACAAAAAUUUUUAAAUGACUUGGAUUCUCCAAAAGGGGUAACCGAAUAUGGUGUGGGUUGCAGUAAAACAGAAGAACCUCCAUUUUUAGAUGGACCUUCCGUAGAAUCAUUUUUUCAGAAUCUUACCUCGGAAAAUAGCCUGGUUGUUAAAAUGGCCAAACCCAACCGAAGUCGAGCGGUCAUCAGAUUAGAAAAUAUUUCAGAUUAUUUGUGCUGUAUGUGCGGCUAUAAGACCAAAAAGUUUGCCAUGAUAACUCGCCACGCUAAAGUACACGGGAAAAUAUUUAGGUGUGAACACUGCAGCUACUGGACGCGAAGGAAGGCCCAUUUUCAAACUCAUACCAAUACCCACUUUAAGAAUACUAAUAACUUCUUUCUAAAAUAUAUGCGCUGAAUUUUAUUUUAUUUGUCAAGCCAAU